AUGAAGCAGGCUUUCAGCAGUGCCAACGACUCGGUCAAACAACUUGACCAAACUGUUAAGGACGUCGUCAAGAGCCCGCAUUUGAAAGUGUACGACAAAUUCAGCACUUUCACCCUCCUACUCACUGUCAACUUCACUCAUGAGGAUUUUCUGCAAACGUUCCAGGCCCGCAAACAAACGUUUCCAGAACUUGCAGCUACGGCCUUCUUUUGCUUCUUACAAGCAUUGGACUAUGUUGGUAGCAAAAAGCAUCGGAAACAAGAGAACUUGCAUUCCAAGUCAUACUUGCAAUUCAUGAACUCAACACAUCCCGUCUCAGGCGAUAUGUCAUCGAAAAAGCGCAAGCAAAGCGAGGACGCACAGAAGCUGAUUGUACAAGGAUUGACAACUCUUCCUCAACCCGGACCUCACGCCGAGCCUUCGCCAGUUACUCCCACGCCCGAGACAGUCACGGAAGCAGAUCCUCAGUUGUUUGCAACUCCUUCCUCGCAAAAGACUACUUCCAGCUUCUUUAGUGCGGUCGAAGACAUCUCGGAUUUGAGAUCUCAUACAGAGGAGGAUGCUUCUAGCGAGGAGCUGGAUCAAGAUACGUCCUCAAACGACUAUGCACCAGUCAAAUCGCGUGCAAGCUGUGCGAGGGACGCUCAACUCAUUAUCACCGAUAUACGAAGAGCGGCCAUCUCUAUCCUCCUUGAUUCAGGAACCGUCACAUACCGAAACAAAAUCUCCAGCAUCUGA